CUGAUCAUCAGUCAUCGAUGCAUAUGUUUUCCUAUUUCCAUCAUGCUGAGUGCUUAUUUCCAGAGGUAGCGUGCUGUUAUACGGUGAGGACGCUAGGACCCUGUGAGGACAGCCGCUCUGCUCCCUCUUUCUCGCUGCCUCCCGCUCCAUCUCCGCAGUCGCCGUGUGUGAGUGGAGGAGGAAAGCGAGGAACGCGAGCUGGCGUCUCCGCAGCCGUUUACACCAGUGCUGCUUCAGAAAAAUCCCCGCCACCGCAGAUGUAGUCGCCCGUUGGGGGGCGGGGGGAGGAGGAGGAAGCACCAGGCGCAUCAAGGGACAGGAUGGAAUCCAGCCUCCUCCAGUGGGAAGGAAGCACCACAGCAGCAUUCACCAGGUAGAGUGAUUGAUGUCCACCGUGUAGCUCAGCUGUAGGAGCAAAACCAGGUUUUCAUCCUCAGAGACCAAGGCAGCAGACAGUUGCAUUGGGAGAUACUGUGAUUCAGGAUGGUUUUUCUAAAUGAUCAAGAACCAUAAACUCUAAAAACCCCCGAGGAACAGAACCGGCUCCCGGACCACCUUGGACUAUUUAAGCCACUCUUUCCUGGCCGCACUUCCUGGCUUUGAAGGAUGGGUGAUGGGCCUGUGACUGAUCCUGCCUGCCCGCCUCAAGCCGCCCUCCAAUGGAGUCGCCGUGGAACGCCUCCCACCCGCUCCCGCAGCUCGCGCCCAACAUGUCUGCCUCCUCGCUGCCUGAGAACUGGGCCGUGUCCCAGGCGCUAGCCCUGCUGGCCAUGCUGCUCAUGGAUCUGCUGGCUGUGGUGGGUAACGUGGCUGUCAUGGUGGUCAUUGCCAAGGCCCCACAGCUCCACAAGUUUGCCUUCGUCUUUCACCUGUGCGUCGUGGACCUGCUGGCCGCCCUGGUGCUGAUGCCCCUCGGCAUGCUCUCCAACCGAGCCUUCUUCGGGGAGGCCCUGUGCCGGAGCUACCUCUUCCUCAGCGUGUGCCUGGUCAGCGCCGCCAUCCUCUCGAUCUCCGUCAUCAACGUGGAGCGUUACUACUACAUCAUACACCCCAUGCGCUACGAGGUCAAGAUGACGGUGGGCCUGGUGGCGUCGGUGCUGGUGGGGAUAUGGGUCAAAGCGCUGGCCAUGUCGGCGCUGCCGCUGCUCGCCUGGUUCCUGCAGGGGGCCCGGGCGCCUCUCCUGGAGGGCGGCGGGGUGGGGGGAGGAGGGGGGGGCGCCGUCCCGCCGCCUGCCGCUCAGGGCCACAGGCGCUGCUCGCUGCACUGGACGGGCGGCGGCUCCAACCGCCUGGCCUUCAUGGCCCUCUUCACCCUGGUGUACUUCCUGUGUCCGCUGCUGGUCAUCCUCGUCGUGUACUGCAACAUGUUCAAAGUGGCCCGAGUGGCCGCCAUGCACCACGGGCCGCUGCCCACCUGGAUGGACACGCCGCGGCGCCAGCGCUCCGAGUCGCUCAGCAGCCGCUCCACCAUGGUGACCAGCUCUGGGACUGGAACCGGGACGGGGCGGGCGACUCCGCAGAGACCCUUCGGGGGAGGGAAGGCGGCAGCGGUCUUGGCUGCAGUGGGCGGGCAGUUCCUUUGCUGCUGGCUGCCCUACUUUACGUUCCACCUGUACACAGCGCUGGUUGCCAGCCCUCCAGCCACUAUGGCCUCUCUCGAGGAGGUCGUUACCUGGAUCGGCUACUUCUCCUUCACCUCCAACCCCUUCUUCUAUGGCUGUCUCAACAGGCAAAUCCGGGAGGAGCUGGGCAAGCAUCUGCCCUGCCUGUUCCGUCGGGCUGGGGUCGAGGUGGAGGACAGGCUGCCCAGCCGUGACGGAUCAAUAGAGGAGAAUUUCCUUCAGUUUCUUCAGGGCACUGGCUGCAACUUGGAUCCUCAGAACUCUCACAGCACCUCCAGUCCUAAGGGGGAGGCCUGCUGCCCCCUGGCCCAGCCGCAGCCCCCCGAACCGCCACAGCCCAUUCCCAUUGAUUUCCGCAUCCCUGGACAAAUUGCAGAGGAGACGUCGGAGUUUAUUGAGACUGAACAAGCCAAAAACAACCACAUAUGUACAGACAGUUAAGCUUGUAAUAUCUUUGUGUUCUGUCAUUCCCAUGAGGCGAAUCUCAGAGGAAGCUGCUCGGUGGGUAGCACAGGUCACCAGUCUGACUCUAAGUCAUUGCACAUUUCCUCCUCAGAUUUUAUGCUAGUUUCUGAGAGCAGUCAUGACGAUGCAGGUCAGUGCAUUUGUAUAAGAUGCAUUUCGCUGCGAGCAGCAAAAUUACUGCUAGGUUUUAGAAAAUGGCUGUCGCAGCCUUCCACACAGCCACUCAACUCUGCAUGGUGAAUCACUCCGUGUAUACAAUAACUGUAUGUUUGAAACUCUAUUAGCAAAUGAAUGCUUGACAGCCAGAGACAAAUAUUUCCCUUCAAAGUUAAGAAUUAACACCUGUGGACGCAUAAGAAAAGUUUGAAUUAUCAUUAUUCAGUAAUUAUUUGUUAUUGGACACCAACAAAUACUGUAACUGCCAAAUCAGUGUUUUGAGAUACAGGAUGAGUGUAAUGCCUUUUUUACAUUUUGUAAAUUAUUGCAAGGACGUAUUUUCAGAGUAAAGCAAUAAAAUAUGACUAGUAUUAGGAGUACUCGAAGUAUUUAGAGGUCCCGCUGUGUGAAAGCACUGCUGUCCCUUUGACUUGAUGGGUGGGCUUUCAUCAGCGGCAAUGACACUCUGAAUCUGAAGCCAAACUGAUUUUAUUAGUACAUGUUGUGGCCUAAGUCUCAUGAAAGUGUAAAAAAUUUGAUUGCAGGUUAACUUUACAAAAUUUGUUUCAAUUUCUUUUGGUGCUUCUCCAAACGUAUUUUGCCCGGGCCAGAGCUUCAGUGAUUCAGACGAGGCUGGAGGCUGACUUCAUAACUCAUCCAGAGUCACCCAGCUUUCUGCCAUGUGAUGGACCUCACAGUAUAUUUGGAUCCAGAACUUGCAUUUGUUUCAUGUACUAAACUGUGUGUUACGUUCAGUAGAACUGUAUAUGUUUUGGUUGUGUGCCCCACUCAGUGCGCCAAUUCUCCUUAUUUUAGUAGUGAGUGUAGGUAUUUAUUAUGGAUUUCACUACGAGGAGGCUGGUUUGUUUUGACAUGUAUGCAGUAACUGUUUCGUUGUGUGUUUUUUCGCCUGUGGAGUUGAGUUUAUCCCAGAAGGAAAAUCCAUGUGGCUCCCUCGACCGCCCUGCUCGUCAGGGCUUUUACAGUACCUCAGAAGCAGGAAAAGACACUGUUUAACAGUCCUGUGUGUUUCCAUGUCGCGUCUGACUCUAUUUAAAGACUGUGAGGAGGCUGCAGAAGAAGCGAUGGCUGGCAGAGGUUUGUUAAACAUGACAGUGCCCACUUUGAUACACUUUCCUGCUUGUUUCACCAUGAGACAAAGUCGUCUUUUAUAGUCAUCUGUUUGGGGGUGAUUAUAACAAACCAUAUGUGGACGUGAGGGAUUGAAACGCCAGAUAAUUUCCAAAUGUGGACACAGGUUUUUUAAAGAUAUUUUUUCAGAGGUUGUCAUUUGGGCGACAAAGCUAAACUUGAUCAAAAGGCUUCUGAGCUUGGUCUCCUCUCGUCAUCACGUCUAAGUAUCAGAAAACUGUGAAUGAUGUUGAAUGUUUGUGUUAGGCUUUCCACUUGUUCAGAGAUUGUUUAUAUCCUGUGAUUAAGGUAAAAGAUUUACUUCCAUUGUACUGCAACGAUACAAAGGUGUUUGAGAAACAUGGCUAAACCUUGGAGGAUAAUGUUGUAAUAAAGGGUUUGUAUGUUUGUACGAGA